AUUAGGGAAUCUGUUUCAUCACGGGGAAGUGGAGGACCUGCACGACCCAAAAGAUCGGAUUCGGAGUCGUCUCUUCGGCAAACUCAUCCUUCAGCUGUUCCAACUCGAGCCCUCUCAGCAACACGGGCAUUAUGCUUCUGCUGCCAACCUUUUCAGGUGCGGCGACUGCCGGCGCCUGCUGACGCUGGAGUCUGCGUCGCGGGUGGAGUGCCAGCCGGGGAAGUUCCACUUCGACGGGAGGGGAGAGGCGCGGUACGAGCACGGGAGGGACCCGCACUGGGAGAUCAACGCGUUCGUGAAGCACCUGAAGGCGAGCGUCCACUCGUGGAGGCUGGUCUAUUGGUUCCUCUGGGG